CAGACUGGAGCUCAGCAGUGGCAGUACACAGGCGCACAGUUUUGUGAGAUUCAUACACUUUUGGGUUUAAAGCCUGUGCCACUCAGUACACCGAGUAGAACUGAGACCAGGUUGGGCACGGUGGCAGGGGCUGGUUCAUGGCAGUGGGGCGGGCGCCUGCCGUCUGUGCCUCCGCAGCGAGAGGGACGCUUCAGUUUGGGAUGGGGUUGGGGUUGGGCCGCAUGGGCACGGACUCAGAGGGCGGGUGAGCUGAGACCCUGGGUGCCUGCUGGAGUCGGACCUGCGGCGGCAGGAGAACGUGGGGGCAUGAGAUGCUCGCUUCGCUUCUGCGUGGUCUUGGGAUCCCUGGCCCUCCUGUUCCUCACAUCGCUCUUCUUCUCCUACUCGCUGAAAGGAGGAGUUGGCUUGCCUUACUUGGAACCCCCGGGAUGGGAAGAGUCACACAGGGUUAAGCUAGUGCCCAGCUACGCCGGAUCCCACCGGGUCGUCCCGGCUGAGAGCUCCCAGCAGAAGACAUGUGCCUGCUCUCAGUGCGUGGGUGACCCAGGCGUUUCUGACUGGUUCGACGAGAACUAUGACCCAGACAUCUCGCCCGUGUGGAUUCGGGACAACAUCCAACUGCCUUCAGAUGUGUACUACUGGUGGGUGAUGUUGCAGCCUCAAUUCAAACCCCACAACAUCCAGCAAGUUCUACAGAGGCUGUUCCAGGUCAUUCCAGGCCGUUCCCCGUACGGUUCGUGGGACCCUGCCCGCUGUCUGCGCUGUGCCGUGGUGGGGAAUUCGGGAAACCUCCGUGGGGCAGGUUAUGGUUCGGUGAUCGAUGGCCACGACUUCAUCAUGAGGAUGAACCUGGCUCCCACUGUAGGGUACGAAGAGGAUGCCGGCAGCCGUACCACACACCACUUCAUGUACCCAGAGAGUGCCAAAAACCUGGCGGCCAACGUUAGCUUUGUGCUGGUGCCCUUCAAGACUCUCGACCUGUUGUGGAUCACCAGUGCCCUCUCCACCGGCCAGAUCCGCUUCACUUAUGCUCCAGUGAAGCAGUUUCUGCGUGUGGAUAAAGACAAGGUCCAGAUCUUCAACCCAGCUUUCUUUAAAUACAUCCAUGACCGCUGGACACGUCAUCAUGGCCGCUAUCCCUCCACUGGCAUGCUGGUGCUGUUCUUCACUCUACACGUAUGUGAUGAGGUGAAUGUAUUUGGUUUUGGGGCGGACAGCAGGGGAAACUGGCACCACUAUUGGGAGCAGAACCGCUAUUCUGGAGAGUUUCGCAAAACAGGUGUCCAUGAUGCAGACUAUGAGGCCCAGAUCAUUGACAAGCUGGCCAAAGCUGGCAAGAUCUCGGUCUUUCCUGGAAAGUGAAUCUGGGCUCCAGGAGCAAAGAAAUGGACCAACUGAUGGACUACCAUAAACAAAACCACCCAUUAUCCACUUGACACACUUAGUGUGCCUGUUAAACGCGAUCGAAAAGUAAUUUUUCAUGAUCUUAUUACCAUUCUAUGCUGUCCCGAGUGGACAGGAUUUUGGGCAGCAUCCCUCACGAUGUGGUGAUUUGAGAGGAGACACUAGUACUAAAUGAACUAAUGUGCUUUUCCUUGCAAGCCUACCUCAACUAGGACAAGCAACGUGACUUGGCAAGGAUCACCAAUAUCUCACCACUAAAUAGCAUGUUAGGUAUAUGUUCUGGGAAUGGAUUUGGCUUAUAUUUAUGACUUUCGUCGAAUAGUGAUGAUGCGGGAACUCAAAUCUCAUGCCGAGGCCAGGUAGAUGAGUGAGACCAACAAUCACCAUAGUGUAUCAUAGUACUCUAGUAGUUCUCUGUUGAUUCGUUAAAGAGAUAGUUGACCCUAAAAAUUUAAAUUGUCAUCAUUUACUCUGCCACAUGUCAUUCCAAACCUGUAUGGUUUACUGUCUUCUGCAAAAAGGUUAUUUUGAAGAAUGUUUGAACUGUUUAUGUCAAUGAGGUCAAUGGGGUCUAAAGUAGUUUUUGCUACAUUAUCUUAACAGAAUAAAAAGUCAUACAGGUUUGGAAUGAAAUGAAGUUGAGUAAAUUACACAGUUUUAGUUUCUGGGUGAACUUUCCCUUUAACUAAAAGCUUGGCUAGUGGCAGGUUGUUUCACUAGCGUUAUAGCACUGCAGUUAGACUCCUCACAUCACCAGGUGCAUGUGGCUAAGUGGACUUCAAAGUUUGUGCUGUUAAACCAAGCUGUAGUCCUAUAAGAUAUUUUAUGUUUUGUUGUUCGUGUUUGAAAUGUUCAUGCUAACAGUUUGUGAUCACUGUGUGCGCACAGCAGUCUGAACGACCUUGUUUUUUUGGUUCGUUUCUGUUUUUGCUAAUUAUGUCUGAGUACUGAUCAUUCCUCUGGUCUGGGAAGGAUGGACCGAUAGACGACACCAGGAGCUAAAACCACUGACGCAGUCCAAUAUGAACACAUAUGAGCAAUAUAUUAAGUACAUGUGGAGUAUGUUUAGAAACCAAUGCUACUAAAGGUGUGGUGAUUGUUCUAGAGAUUCACUGUGAACAGUGGUAGAGCUUCAUUGUUGAUCUUCAGCACAUUACUAAAUUUAAUGUAAUAGUGUUAUAUAAUGGAAUACGACAGAAAAAAAAGUUUUCCAUUGUGAGAAACCGAAUAUAAGCUUUCAUUUAUGAAGCCUGAUGUAUUGCGAUACUUUUUAUGACUAGCUGACAGACAGAUCUUGAAGUUCUGGUGGAAUUCAUUGAUAAGCGUUUUCUUGAAGUCAUGUAGACACUUCUUUGCUGCUGUUCAGUCAUUUACCAUCAACAAUAGGUGAUUUCUUUAUAUUUAUUGUCAAAUUUGUAUAGUUGUCCUUGCAUAAUUUUUCACAUUAUAAAUGUUGUAGACUAUACAAACGAUAAGUAGAAAGAUCCACUUGAAUGACAAAAGCUUUCUACGGAGCCCCUAAAGUGACGGGGAACGUAUAUGAGAUAUAAGUAAAAUUUAAUUUCAGUGCUUUUGCAUUCUCUUACAAAUUUUUUAAUUCCCCAAAGAAACAUUGUGCUAGCUGGCAAAUUGUUUGCUUGAGAAACUUUGUGGUACCUUGCAAAAUAUUUGCAUUCCCCAGAGAAAUGUUGCAUUAUUUGACAAAAUAUUUGUGUUCCCCUAAGAAAAAUGUAUUUACUUUGAAAAUUAUUUGCAUUCCCCCAAGAAACUUUGCGCUAGCUUGCAAAAUAUUUGUGUUCCCUUAAAAAUUUUUGCGUUAGCUUGCAAAAUUUCUAAGUGGUUUGUGAAUGAAGCAAGCAAAAAUAACCAAACAAACAUUAUUUUAUUUUAUAUUUUAUUAUAUUAUAUUAUUAUAUUAUAUUUUAGUGAUUUUAUGUUGUUUUGUAAAUGUUUCGUGUUUUCUCUGAGAAACUAGGUUGCGAUAGGUUGCAAAUUGUUUGCCUUCCCCCAAGAAACUUUGAGUCGUUUAUGUGUUUAAAGUUCUUCUGGAAAAUGUUUUGAUGUUUUGAAAGUUUUGAAAGCGAAUGCAAAGUUUCUCUGGGAACAGAAAUUAUACUUCAAUUCUCUUAUGUUCCCUUGAGAAACUUGCGUUCAAACACAAGAAUUGUGACAUGAAAGCACUGAAAUAUGAAUUUUCUUCCAAUCUCAGAUUUUUCCCCUUCACUAUGUCCGUAGAUUUCUGCUUCGGCCGAGUCAAUGUGUUUCAUGUGCAGUAGUUCUUUUACCAAAUGUAGACAUAUUUCAGUGUGUAAAUUCACACACGUUACAUGCUUGCGUGCCUUGUCCUCUUUUCUGGAAAUGUCCUCUCUCCAGAGCACAGCUAACCUCAUUAUAAGAUGCAUAAAAACGUGCUAUUAUUCCUUUAGUCUUCUUACAGAGCAUUUAUUGACAUACAAAUCUGGGCUCUAAAAUAGGGCAUAGAUCGUCUACCCACCAGCUGUCCUCCACCCACACGAUUCGUGGCUUCUCCUGUGCUCCACCACCUCAUCCUCUUGUCUGUUUGAACUAAGCUGAGCGCCGUGCCUUCAGGAUCAGGGUGGGAAAAGCUCUCACCUGAAAACUUUCUCCCCUCUUGAUUUUAAGAGCUACCUACCUGCAUUCACUGUCACUUCUGAAAAGUCUCCCGAGCCCUUAGAAAAUCCUGACCUGUGGCACACGAGUGCUUUUAUACAUUGCCAAUAAAGCAUAAAUGUCUUUUGACGGUUAUAUACCUGGUGAAUAUUAAAUGCAAAAUGCUGCAGUGGCUUUAUUAUAUUUAAGCCUAUUCUGAGGGAUUAUUAUUGGGCAUUUCACAGUGAAAUUCUAAUAUCAUAGAUGCAUAGGAUGGCUGCCCUCUCAUAGGUAGAAUAUUGAGAUGUGCAGUUGGUCACCAAAGAGUUUUAUUCCAUUACUAAUCCUUUUGUUUUUGUUGUUCGAUGUUUAUGUAUUCCUCUGAAAAUAUGGAUUAAGGAAAAUAAAGUUGGCCCGUGUUGUUCUUGUAUUAGUCUUAACAGUAUUCAUUAAUCCUACAUGGUACCAGUUUGCGAGGAGGGAUGUUUCUCUUCUUGUUUUCGUGCCACAGGAGGAUCGUAGCCUGCUGAGAGAUAUUCAGGCAAAUCUACUCAAAAUGGUUUAUGAAAGACUACAUUAUGUCCACCUUCUCUGUUCUCUCCAUUUAAAAUGUUCUGUGGCCAAAUUGCAUGACUAGAUCAAUUCCAAAUUGGCUUGUUUUCUUUAUGCUUUCCUUGCAAAUGUUCUCAGCACUAAAUUGUCUGUCUUCUUGUGGAUCCGUAUUGUCACAUUGAGAGAGCUUUUUUUUUAGGACUUUGUAUCAUCUUUGUAUCAUCUGUUCUUGAAUUGUUUGUAGGAUUAUAGGAUGCAGAGUUGAAGGCUGUAAAGUUAAUGGCAUUAAUAUUACAGAGCCUGUUAAGACUAAGAUUUUUUUCUUUGCUGCUUUUUCCAUAAUCAUAAACAUGAUUGUGCCUCCAGGAUAGAUAUGUUGAGUGAAUGAUGCAAUUUCAUCUUGUUUUCUUGACCUUUAUCAAAGGCUUUAAGGUAGAUCCCUCUAUUCCAUUUGAAGAAAUAAUUAAUAAAAUACAAUAAAAUGACAAAAACAUGAAGUUAAAAAUGAGGCUACAGUAUUACGACUCCACUUUCAACUUUCAAUCCUGUUCUUCUUGAAGGAACCCACAGACUGUACAUAUCCUCGCUGUGACACUGUGUUUGCUCUCAUUAACUUCUCAUUAGUGUUGAUAUAGUGACUAUUGGUCAGUGUUCUCUUUCCUUUCACAACCUCAGUCUUUGUGUAAUUCUGGACUGUUUUUAUCUUUAUGCUACUGUAAGAAAUAAACCUGUUUAAAAUUG